CCCGCCGGCCGCCCUCCGGCUUGUGUUUCGUCCCGCGCCUCUCCUCCGGGGCCCCGCCGCCAUGGGUCCCUGGCCCCGCUGGCUGCUCGCCGCCCUCCUGCUGCUCCUCUGCGGCGUCGGCCCCGCGCUCUGCGACACACCUGCCAACUGCACCUACCCUGACCUGCUGGGCACUUGGGUCUUCCAGGUGGGGCGCAGCGGUUCCCAGCGCGACGUCAACUGCUCGGUUAUGGGACCACCAGAAAAAAAAGUAGUCGUGCACCUUGAGAAGUUGGAUACAGCAUAUGAUGACUUUGGCAAUUCCGGCCAUUUCACCAUCAUUUACAACCAAGGCUUUGAGAUUGUGUUGAAUGACUACAAGUGGUUUGCGUUUUUUAAGUAUGAAGAAGAGGGCACCAAAGUAACCAGUUACUGCAAUGAGACGAUGCCUGGGUGGGUGCAUGAUGUGCUGGGCCGGAACUGGGCUUGUUUCACUGGAAGCAAGGUGGGGACUACCUCUGAGAACAUGAACGUGAACACAGCACACCCUCAGAGUCUCCUGGAAAAGCAUUCUAAUAGGCUCUACAAAUAUAACCACAACUUUGUGAAAGCUAUCAAUGCUGUUCAGAAGUCUUGGACUGCAACCACAUACAUGGAAUAUGAGACUCUUACCCUGAAAGAGAUGAUUAGGAGAGGUGGUGGCCACAGCCGGAGAAUCCCAAGGCCUAAACCUGCACCACUGGCUGCUGAAAUACUUGAAAAGGUUUUACAUUUGCCAGCAUCUUGGGACUGGAGAAAUGUUCGUGGUGUCAAUUUUGUUACCCCUGUUCGAAACCAAGAAUCUUGUGGAAGCUGCUACUCAUUUGCUUCUAUGGGUAUGCUGGAAGCAAGAAUCCGUAUAUUAACCAACAACACUCAGACCCCAAUCUUGAGUCCUCAGGAGGUCGUGUCUUGCAGCCAGUAUGCCCAGGGCUGUGACGGUGGCUUCCCCUACCUCAUCGCAGGAAAGUAUGCCCAAGAUUUUGGGGUGGUGGAAGAGGCAUGCUUCCCCUACACAGGCACCGAUUCACCAUGCAAACUGAAGAAGGACUGCUUUCGUUACUACUCCUCCGGGUACCACUAUGUGGGAGGUUUCUAUGGGGGCUGCAAUGAAGCCCUCAUGAAGCUUGAGCUGGUCCAUCAUGGGCCCAUGGCAGUUGCUUUUGAAGUCUAUAAUGACUUCCUCCACUACCACAAGGGGAUCUACCACCACACUGGUCUGAGAGACCCUUUCAACCCCUUUGAGCUGACUAAUCAUGCUGUUCUGCUGGUGGGCUAUGGCACUGACUCGGCCUCUGGGCUAGAUUACUGGAUUGUUAAAAACAGCUGGGGCACCAGCUGGGGUGAGGAUGGUUACUUCCGGAUCCGCAGAGGAACUGAUGAGUGUGCAAUCGAAAGCAUAGCUGUGGCAGCCACGCCGAUUCCUAAAUUGUAGAGUAUACCUCCCAGCAUUUCUUACUGACCCCCGUCAGUCAUGAGAGGGGACGGAUUUAUUCAGACUGGAGACUUUGACAGCAGCCAUUUCAGAAGAUUACAAAUAGAUUCCUUUGAAGAUUUUUGCCUUUAAAAUGAAAACCGCCCUUGAUUUUAAUAUACCUUCCCAUCAACCACUGGCCUACUUUUUUCCAAGUACUCAAUUAACUGAAGUUUUUACGUAUGAUGGUGAGCCAUGAAGUAAUGGAUUUUGCUAAUCAUUUAUAAUUCAAACAUGCUAUAUUUUAAAAAAUCUAUGUGAAAGCACAGGCUUAUUUUUAAAUUGUAUAAAUCACAAGAAAAUAUGGAAAUG